GGUCAGCGCGCAUGACAUUGACGAUCGGUCAGAUCAAGCCUAGCACAUACAGGAGUGCUACAAGGCUGAGUUGAGGGCCGAGAAACAGCAUGAUGAUGUUGGGCAACCGAUCUACACUUUGAAGUCAAAGUGUUGCAAGGCAAUGUGGGCUACAAAUUCUGAGCUUGCUGCGACUUGCGCAGUGUGAGUGUCACGGUAUAUGAGCUGGAGCCGACACGACCUGCGUGCGGUGCAUAGAGCAUAUAUAGCGAGCGGUCAAGAGCUCGGGUGGGGAGAGAACAACGGGCACGAUUUGGCGGGACUGAUGGGAGAUGACGCUUGCCUAAAUACGUUCUGCGAAGCUGCUCACGUUCCCCCUCCUUCUCAUCAAUCACUUCUCGCCACCGCUCUCUCAAAACACUCGCCGAGGCCUAGCUGCUUCGAGUGCCGAUCAGCUUUCAGCUUCUGGGGCACGCCACUGCUGUUCCAGGGCGGGGCCUUGCAAACGACCGCCUUCGCCGUGCAGACUCGCAAACGCCCACACGUAGCUCUGGCUGGAUCACGCCUUGCGAUUCAGCCAGAGAGCACUUUGGGUGCCGCAAGGCCUACUGCGCCUGUCCACGCGCGGGGGGUGCGGUGACCUUUUGGCUGACUGGGAUGUCUGCGUGUCUAGAACGCUGGAUGCGCAGCGAAGCUGGCAGGUUGAGUGAUGAGCGUGAUGGAUCAGAGCAGUGCCCGCCGCGCCUGCUAGAUGGGCGG